AUGUAUUACGCUGAUAACUCCCCGUCAAUUGGGGCAGAAAUGUGUGUGAAUUUGUUGGAUCUGUUAAGUCGAACAUAUGUAUUUACAAAUGGCUCGAAAAUGUACAUAUGCUUCUCAAAAAGAUGUAGAAAGCAGCUGGCUUUUGACGGGCAUCUUUACAACAUAAAUGGAUUUCUGAAUCCGGAUAAUUGGAACCUUUGGCGAUGUGCGAAUACGGCAUGUAGAGGGACAAUUCGCACGUCUCGUAACCUAACAGAACUACGUGUUCGAGAUGCACAUUCUGCUGAUUGUCGUCCAGAUGACAUCCAGAUCAGAUUGCGAAUUACCGUAUACGAUCUCAGAUUAAUAGCAGAGUUUACCGAUAUACCUCUCGACGCCCUUUAUCAUGCAUAUCUUGAUAAGGUGAUGAAUGAGCAUACGGAUAUUGUACACCUCUUCCCGUCUUUCGAAACUCUUCGCUCUAGUCUUGAAGGAUCAUCGGGCUAA